AUGCCUUAUGCACCAACCGUGUUCAAGGAGAAUGGCCCAGCCAUUCUCGAGCCCUAUGGAUCCGGCCGGGGGCUACGGUGGGCCACGGUUAAGAUUUCCGAUGGGGACCGCCACCUCUGUCAUGCAGAUUUGAUGCGCAUGGUGAUUGAAUGUCUUCAGGGUGAAGAGGCCGUGGUCAACUCGGAAUAUACCAACCAAGUGAAGAAGCACGCCAUUAGAAAUGUCGUUCCCGGUUGUGGAUUCCAGCUCUCGUUGUCAGCAAUGGAUUGA